ACAUGACAGUCAUUAUGGCAAUUCAGUUCAAAACAGUACGUCAACACUAAUCUUUUCAAUGCUUGAACGCUAUAAUACUAUUUCACAUUAGUCGGCUGAGCGAAAUUGGCGGCUGCGAUGGAAGCUGUGCCGAGAAUGCCGAUGAUCUGGCUGGAUCUGAAAGAGGCUGGAGAUUUUCAGUUCAGCCCGACCAUCAGAGAGUUCAUUCUGAAGAACUAUGGUGAAGAUCCUGACAACUAUAAUGAGCAGUUGAAGAAACUGGAGCAGUUGCGACAGAGUGCUGUGAACGUCACACGUGACUUUGAGGGGUGCAGUAUGUUAAGAAAGUACUUCGGGCAGUUGCACUAUCUGCAAAGUCGUGUGCCUCUUGGAUCGGGGCAGGAAGCUGCUGUCCCUAUAUCCUGGACAGAGAUAUUUUCUGGGAAGACCAUGACCCAUGAUGACAUUUGCUAUGAGCAAGCCUGCAUCCUUUAUAAUUUGGGAGCUCUACAUUCAAUGCUGGGAGCCAUGGACAACAGGGUGUCUGAAGAGGGAAUGAAAGUGUCCUGCACACACUUCCAAUGCUCAGCUGGAGCAUUCACCUACCUGAGGGAUCACUUCAGCCAAAACUUCAGUGUGGACAUGAGCCACCAGAUCCUUAAUCUCAACAUUAACCUCAUGCUGGGCCAGGCUCAAGAGUGCUUGUUGGAAAAAUCUAUGUUGGACAACAGAAAGAGCUUCCUUGUUGCCCGCAUAAGUGCACAGGUGGUGGACUAUUACAAAGAGGCAUGCAGAGCACUGGAGAACUCUGAAACUGCUUCAAUGUUGGGAAAGAUACAGAAAGACUGGAAGAAAUUAGUGCAAAUGAAGAUUUACUACUUUGCUGCAAUUGCACAUUUGCACAUGGGUAAACAGGCUGAAGAGCAGCAAAAGUAUGGAGAGAGGGUUGCUUACCUUCAAAGCUCUCUAGACAAACUCACUGAGGCCAUUGAGCUGGCUAAGAGUCAGCCAGACAAUGUACAGGAAGCCCUUAGAUUCACCAUGGAUGUCAUUGGGGGAAAAUUGAAUUCUGCCAAGACAGACAAUGACUUCAUUUACCAUGAAUCUGUGCCAUCUUUGGAUUCAUUGACCUCAGUGAAAGGUGCCCCGUUAGUCAAAGCCCUGCCUGUGAACCCAACAGACCCCAGUGUCACUGGCCCAGACAUUUUUGCAAAAUUGGUGCCAAUGUCUGCCCAUGAGGCCUCCUCUCUGUACAGUGAAGAGAAGGCCAAGCUGCUACGGGAUGUCAUGGCAAAAAUAGACAGCAAAAAUGAGACAUUAGAACAGUUUAUGGACUCUCUCGGUCUGGACCCAGACUCAGUGGAUAAUAUGGAGAUGUAUAAUAACAUUCCAUCGGUGCUUAUGGAAAAAUGUGCAGCAUUGAGUGUCAGACCUGAUAAUGUGAAAAACCUCAUUCAGUCAAUGCAGGUCCUGUCAGGUGUGUUCACUGACGUAGAAGCCACUCUACGGGAGAUUCGGGAUGUGUUGAAUGAGGAUGAGGCAGGGGAGCGAAGCCUGGAGGAGGCUGCUGGGAAGCAGACUGUACCAGAAUGGCCUGCAUCCCUGGCCGAGCUGCGAAGGGACCUGGAGAAGUAUUUGGAAGCUCACGAGAAAGCCAGCUUCACCAACACAGAACUUCAUCGGGCUAUGAAUCUGCACAUCAGCAAUCUUAGACUCCUUGGUGGACCACUGGACACACUUAGUGAGGCAUUGCCAAGGCCUCAACUUAGUGAGGAUGAGAUGGCAGGUCUCCAGAGUAUGAAGAGGAUUCUGGCUAAAGUGCAAGAGAUGCGGAAUCAACGAAGAUCUCUGGAGAAGCAGCUCAGGGACCUCAUCCAACAGGACGACAUCACUACUGCUCUAGUCACAACUGAACGUGCUGACAUGAAGAAACUGUUUGAGGAACAGCUUAAGAAAUAUGAGCAAGUAAAAGUAUACAUUGACCAAAACCUGGCGGCUCAGGAGAAUAUUCUGAAAGCACUGACAGAGGCUAAUGUCCAGUAUGCAACAGUGCGCAAGGGCCUGGCAGAAACUGAACUCAAAUGGAACAACACUGUACAGAUGCUUGUGGCCUCCUAUGAGGCAUAUGAAGACCUAAUGAAGAAAUCCCAAGAGGGAAAAGAGUUUUAUGAAGAUUUGGAAGCCAAAGCCUCAUGUUUACUGGGAAGAGCCAAAACUGUCUGCAAUGCCCGAAAGGAGGAGAGACAGGCCAUUACGGAAAAAGAGCUCAAAAAUAAGGCUCCUCAAAGAUCCACCGCUCACAAGCCACCCCAGAAGAAAGGCCAAGGUGUGGAUCCUGCCAACUUAGAUGACCCUGAACUUGCCCAGCUAACUGCUGCUAUCCUAGCACUUGGUGGGGAUCUACCUGAAGAACUACUGAGCAUGCCUCCUGAAUUUACCAUUUCACCUUCUAGUCAUCCUUCUACACUUUCCACAGUCACUGCUAGCUCUGUUCUGCACUGGCCUGGAACUGGCUCGUCUUUACUCUACGCAUCACAUCGAUUUCCCCCAAAUUUACCCUCUCCUGAAUUUCUCGCACAAACGUCCCAUUUCCCUUCACGUCCCCUGUCUCAGACUUUUAUUCACAAUCUUCCCCAACCUUCUUUGCCACAGCAGCACUUCCCACAGCUGCCUAAUCCACAGUUGCCCAACCCUCAGGCUCUUUCGCCACAUCUUGUGCCUGGGUACUACCCUCCAACUUCACAGAACAAACCUGGCCCACCCAGUACUCUUGUCCGACUUUCCACCACAACAGUGGAUAGUGUUCAGACACCUAUUCCUAGCUACAGUCCUGCAUCUGCCCAGGCAGUAAUGCCUCACUCUGCCCUACAUCAACCUGUGCCUUCCCCUGCCCCACACCAACUGGUGCCACCACCUGUGCCAUCAGUAUAUACAGCAGCGCAUCAUAUGACACCCCAUGUCCAGCACAUGCAACAGCCUGGUGUUCCCAUCAGCCAAACUCCACAGGCAAUGCCGAUUCCUCAGCAACAGCCCCAGCCUCAACAGCUAAUUGCUCAGCAAGGUGGUCAAAGCCAACCACAGCCAUUUUAUCCACCUGUACCAGCUCAACAGCAAAUGCGCAGACCUUUAACUGGGCCUCAACCUCCACAGCAAACUCAGCCUCAGUUCCCUCAGUACAUAGCACAAACAAGACAACCUGGACCACCAAACUUUCAGCAAUCUCCAAUUCAAGGGCAGUUUGCAUCCAAUAUGCAGUCUGCUUCAGCUGCCCAUGUGCAUCACCAUCAGGGUUAUCCCCCUGUCUCGUUUGUGCCGAAUUCCCAAACAAUACAAAUGAAAAAUGUCACCCAGAGUCAAAUGCCCUAUCAUGGAUUGCCUCCACAAAUGCCACCAUCCUCUCAGCCAGUGCCCCCUGUGUCGAUGCCACACUUAGCCCAUGUCAAUCAGCAAAUUCCCCCUGCUUUCCAAAUACUUCCUGUCAAUCAGCAAUUGCCCUGUGCUCCUCACCUUCAAAUACCCCCACCUUCUCAUAAUUUUGCCCCUGCACUCCAUAUGCAGGAACCUCCAGCUUCAAAACAGAUGCCUCCUCCCCACCAGCCACAAAUGCUUCUGCCAUCCACUCGCAUGUCAUCCCCUUCCCAUCCACAAAUCCCUCCCCAUCAGUCCAAACACCAGCCAGCGUACUCGGCUGCCGUUCCAGUUCAACCUCAGAUACCCCAUACCCCACUCUCAACACGGAUACAUAUGCACCCAGGCACACUUUCUUCACAGCACCAAAACCACUCCCAUCCUCCCAACAUUCCCCAGCCCUGUCCUCCAGCACUCCCCCAAAAUAUCUACAUAUUUCAGCAGACCUGUCCUCCUGGCUCUGCAACUAUGAGUUAUCAAGGAAGUGUCCCUAUGGUUCCCAACCAGUCUGUGGCCUCUCAACAACCUCAAUCCCAGCCGGAAACUUCACAGCCUAUAGCCCCACAACAGAUACCCCCAGGAGGCCCUAUAUCUUAUGCUGUUCAACAAGGUGGGAAUAUGUCAACUGGAACAAUACAGCAUCCCUCAGCAGCUGUCACCCCAGGGCCCCAGGCUCUCCCUCAAGGCGUGAUCCCUCCAUCCUCAGGAGCACCAGGGGCCCCACAGCACAAAGUACUUCCUUCUCCUGCCCCACCACCUUCUCUCUCUCCUAGCCCUCCUUCAAUGUGUAUGGUCCCAUCUCCUACUCUCACCUCAGUUGGAAGAACAGCUCUACCGCAGUCCUCAGUAACAGCCCCAACCUCUAGUGGUCCCAUGCCUCCACCUGACUCCACCCUGUUUCAGCACCAGAACUCUAGUACUGAUGACUUGCUCUCCUCAAGCCCAGAGAGCCAGCAUGGAAGCACCAAGGACACUGCCAAUGUCUUACUACCCACCAAAGCUGAUCCUCAGGGAGAGCAUCACAGAAAAAAAGCAGAGGGUGUGAGACUUAUCCAGGGUGACCCUUACCAAGCACCAGAGAGGGUCUCAAAGCUCAGCACAGAGCUGGGACAGUUUCGAUCAACAGUCCAAUCCUUAGAGCGUCCAUCAGGGGAGGGAGGUCUGUCAGAACUUGAUGCUCGAUGGAAAGAACUGCAGGAGCAGCAGGAGAAGGAUGCUCGGGAACUAUCAAUCGCCAUUGCACGCUGCUACACCAUGAAGAACCGCCAUCAGGACGUGAUGCCUUAUGACUCCAAUCGUGUCGUUUUGUGCUCUGGUAAAGACGACUACAUCAACGCCAGCUUCAUUGAAGACCUGUCUCCAUACUGCCCCCGCCUCAUUGCAACACAGGCCCCUCUCACUGGCACUGCAGCCGACUUUUGGCUCAUGGUUUAUGAGCAAAAGGUUUCUGUAAUUGUCAUGCUUGUGUCGGAGCAAGAGUUGGAAAAGCAGAAGGUGUUGCGGUACUUUCCAUCAGAGAGGGGUCAACAGCUUGCCCAGGGACCAAUCACUCUCACACUGACUACCCAAAAGAGUACUCCAACCCAUAUGGAGCGUAUGAUAGGACUACAGUAUCGGGACCAGAGUCUGAGACGCACUAUCAUUCACCUUCAGUUUACUUCAUGGCCUGAACUGGGUCUUCCAGAGAGUAAAAGCAACCUUAUACAUUUCAUUCAAGAAGUCCAUGGGCAUUACCUACUUCAGCGCCCACUUCACACUCCAGUUGUAGUGCAUUGCAGCUCUGGCGUUGGUCGUACUGGUGCUUUUUGCCUGCUUUAUGCAGCGCUUCAAGAAAUUGAGGCUGGCAAUGGUAUACCAGAUCUGAUCCAACUGGUGAGGAAGAUGAGGCAGCAGAGGAAGAACAUGCUGCAAGAAAAGCUUCACCUCAAAUUUUGCCAUGAAGCCGUUCUAAAACAUACAGAGCAGGUUCUGCAGCGCCACGGCAUCCUAACGUCCCCUUGCACCAAGAUCCCAAACAACACUGCAGUGAAGUCAUAUUCCCAACAGGAAUCUACAGACAUUGUUCUGGGUGCAGACAUGCCUAUUAGCACCAUACAGGCCACCAUAGCUAAACUAAGCAUUCGACCACCGAGUUUUGAUCACGAACAAGAGCCCACCCUAGAGGAGAUGGCCUCUGCAUCUGAAGUGCCAAGAAUAUGGGUCCCUGAAUCUACAGAUAUGUCAGUUCAACCAUCUCAGGACCCUCUUUCUUUUAAGACGAUCCCUGAUUCCAUCAGUUCCGCCCUCUCUUGCACUUCCUCUCCAGGCAAAUCACCAUCACCUCCCAGUGAUCAAGGGAAUGAGUUCAUUGGGUCCACACCUGCCUUCCCCAUCUUAAAUCACCACCAGUCCACUGAAGAACCUCCUGCUGCCCCCUCUCCACCCACUUCUUCAUCUCUGGACCUGCUGGCUUCUCUCACACCUGAAGCCUUCACGUUGGACAGCAGCCAUCGAGGCAAACAGCGGAUCAACAAGCAGAGCUUCCUUCAGUCGCAGGAGGGCAAAGGCCUUCAGGGGCCUCCAGAGGGAGACGAUCCGCUUAGUAGCUUGGAUCCUCUCUGGACACUCAACAAAAGCUGAAUCAACAUAGCUAAGCUCUUUCAUCUUCUUUCCUGCAGGCAUUCUUCUGUGAACUCUUUUUAAAACCUUGUCCAAUCUAGUCCAUAUUCAUAGUUCUUGGACUUCAUCACUAUGUGUCAGUCUGUCAACUUGUGUCCUGAUAAUUCUUUUCAUAUUCUUUCAGCACUUUGAUCUGGCAGUGCUUCAGAUGACAUUCUGUAAAUCCAGUCUUGUCUUGUAAAUGCCUGUAAGGUGCCUGAGUUUUGGUUCUUCAGUGGGCCUAUGCCUCUACACCAAAAAUGUUGAGAAUGAGUACAGAUUGAUAACUGACAUCCAGAUUGCUUUUGCUCUGUCGUAAUCUGCUCUCCCUUUGUCUACAUUGCUGCUUGCACUGUGGGUUGCAUAUUAUUAGUCACUGCGCUUGUCUUGAAACUACAGUGAUCUGCAUCUUGUAUGUAGGGACAAAUCGAAGCUGGUGAUGAAAAUACUACUUGAUAUGACUUGAUAUACUUACUAAAAACACUUACAUUUCUGAAUCAUCACUUCAGAAAUCAUAGCAUUUUAAUGAGUUGAUUCUAACUUGAUAUUCUUUGAACACUGUAAAUAAAUCUUAACAAAGU